CAACGAGUAACACUCGAUUAAUUCGAUUAUCAUAUCGAUAUUUUGAUUGUUAUAUCGAUAAUUUUAAUGUGAUUGGGUGCUCUAGCUAACCAGCAUAGCACGCCGCAGAUUGUCACUUGUAACGAUCGAAGAGUGGUUGAACAUCGAGGAGAGGUCGUGGAGGAUUUUACCAUCUAGCCACCAUCGCCGUUCGCCAAUUACACCAUGGCUGAUACCGAAAAAGCGCCGCAGCCGCAGCCCCAACAGCAGCAGCAGCAACCAGAACAGCAAUCUCAGCCGCAACAACCUAAAACGGCUAAACAAAAGCAGGUCAUCGCUGAGAAGGUGUCGGGCACUGUAAAAUGGUUCAACGUUAAGAGUGGAUAUGGUUUCAUCAAUAGGAACGACACUAAGGAGGAUGUGUUUGUUCACCAAACUGCGAUCGCCCGCAAUAACCCUCGCAAGGCUGUGCGCUCGGUCGGCGACGGAGAGGCGGUGGAGUUUGCCGUGGUCGCCGGGGAGAAAGGCUAUGAAGCAGCCGGAGUUACGGGUCCCGGUGGCGAGCCAGUGAAGGGCUCGCCCUAUGCAGCUGACAAACGCCGCGGUUUCCAACGCCAAUAUUAUCCCCGUCAAGGCGGCGGACGUGGCGGCGAAGGCGCUCCACGUAGGGGUCGCUUGGGUCGUCGUGGGCCCCCGGCCAUUCAGGGGGGUGCACAGGGAGACGAGGGUCAGGAGGGAGGAGGAGCACCACCACAGCGUAGCUACUUCCGCCGCAACUUCCGCGGAGGCCGUCGUGGUGGAGGCCCGGGGCCGAUGAAUCGCGGUGGGUACCGUAUGCGGCCGCGCAACCAGGGCCCGGGGCAGGGCUCCCAGGCCCCCGCCGGCCAGAACCAGGGCCAACGCCAGAAUGGGCAGGAGGGUGAUGCACCGGCCACUACGUCUUCACCACAGCCACCGCAGCAGGCCAAGCCCAAAAACAACAGCAAACCUUCUGGCACCACAAUUGAAACUACUACAAAUGAGAGCCAGGCCUAAACACCUGUCGCCGCACUGUGUGGCACACCCCUUAAUGUAGUAGAUGUUAAUUCUAGUUGUGCCACACGUCCAUCUCAACUUACUGUCUUGUCUGUUCAACUGAUGAGUGUUUCGUUUCCAUGUUGCAGACAUUGAAGAUCUUUGUAUUUUAACAUCGAUUAUUUUGUCUUGAUCGGUAUGUUCAAUUCAGGGGGAAUUAUGCUGUGGUAUUCCACCAAAACUGCGAGAAAUCAGAAAGGAUGACUUUUUUUUUCCAGUAAAAUUGUUAUUCUAUUGGCGGCUAGACAGCGGCCACUCUGCUUCCUCGUAUAGCUUUGAUGGAAAUCCAUUCAUACAAACGGAACUGCAAAGGUAUCAUGGAUCAAAGAUGUGAUAUAUUUAAUUAUUAUUAAAUUAAUAUAUUGUAUUAUUUAAUAUUUGUACUUGCAGUAUUUUUGUUGUAUACCAUUACAUUGUGAGAAGUUUUUAAAACAGAUUAAAAUUUAUAAAAAAGUUUCGUAUACAAUGUGAGGAUCAAAAUUUUAUCGCGUAUGGGAAAUCGUGAUAUUGUUGUGCAAUUAAAUCUACCUAUAUACAUUGAGAAAUGAUACGCAGGUUCCAAUGCCCCAAGAGAAUCAUGUAUUUUUUACGGUCGAUUUUUUUUUAUUAAUGAAAUUGUACAGUUGCAUGAUAUAACCAAGGUUUUUUUGCAUAAUAUUAAAUUGUUAGUGCUGUAACUUAAACACUCUCAGAAAAGUAAUAAAUUUCUUUUUACCUGUGUGAAAUAAUUUUAUUUUCUUUAU